GGAAAAUAUUAUAGACUAUGGAAUCACGGGGAAAAAGCUUAUUGGUGAUCAGUGUAUUAACUUGGGGACUGAACAUAUGCAAAGCUACGUCAAACCAAACAGAUCCCACAACAAACAUGGAAUCAAACGAGAUAACCGUGACAUCACCCUACCACGACAAUGAAUCAGGACGAACAUUCAACCACAUGUCAACCAUGGACCACAACAUGGUCUCAGGCAACACCAUGCAUGAAGUGGAUGCAGUUGACUACCAUCAACGCUGGAUGAACCACCAUCAACAACAACUGCAAAAUGCUGAGUUGAUGAAAAACGACCAGGACACCUCGUUCACCUACAACCGACAUGGAGAGUAUGAGACCUAUGACCAUCUGGACCAUGACGACUAUCACAGUCACCAUCCGUGGGACCUCACCUCCAUGAAGCCCUUCAUCAAGAUGCCCAUGAAACCAACAAAGAUGCUGGAUUUCUCUUCGAUCGACUUCAUGAAGAUCGCUAUGGUUGCUGUGUUGAAGCUGGUGCUAUUCAAGAUCCAAACCAUUGGCACUGUCAAGUUCCUUGCGUUUCUACUCAUGAAAAUCCCAAUAAUCCUGAUCAAAAUCGCGAUGAAAGUGAUGUUUGUGAUGAAAUUUAUCCAAAUACUCAAGUAUCUAGCAAUUCCUUUCCUUCUACCUACAAUCCUCUCCCUUCUAGCUCCUCUACUCCCCAUCCUUCUCCCUCUACUACUUCUGCCUCUUCUUCUUCCUCUCUUACUCUUCCUGCCGAUUCCUGUGCUUGCCAUGGUUGGAACAUCCUCAACAACCACUACUUCAACAACAACCAUGGCUCCAACUGCCAGACAGAGGAGGUCCAUAGCAGCAACUGAUGUGGGAUUCCGAUUUGAUCGACAAAAGCUGGACAUGGCCUUCUUCCGGAAACUGGUCGACUCGGAAAUGUGCCUGGAAAGGAUAGCUUGCAACCUUGCCGCAGACAAGAAGGCAUCCACCUUCUCAUCUUUAGUUUCAUGGAUCCUUGAAACUGCCAAGGGUUAUGUGAAUCAUCCAAGGUACAAGUCCUAUUCGGAAGCUUACAGACUUGGAACAUCUUCACGUGCAAACAAAAGGAUGUGCUCAAAUUAUUAUCCUUGCAACGGACUUCGAAAAGCAUGAACUUUCAAAACCUGAGAAAAUCCAAAUUCAUAAUAUUUAGGCUGUGCUUCUUUAGUUGGACUGAAGAAAUGAGUUUGUCGGCUUAUCUUGGUAAAGGGAAAUUUAUUAUUUAUUGAAAGUAAAAAAAGUCAGAUUUUUAAUAAUAAAAUAAAUAAUAUCGUUGUGAUAAAUAAGUAGGCUAUAUUACUAGAAUAGAUUAUUUUCAUGAAUGUUUCCAACUGGGGUUGUAUAGAAAGGGUAAUUCUUGUUUACAGUACUUGAUGUUCGAGAAGGAAUGUACUCUAAUAUCGAUGGAAUUCAAUAUUGCAAAAUCAAUUGGAAUGUUUGAAUAAGAUAAAUGAUUUUUAUCAAAACAUUAUAUUGGAAUACUUCAUAAUAUAAUGUAUAAGCUUUAUGCCAUAAGGUCAUGGAAGAUACGUGGUGAAUAAUUUAAUUAUAUAAUGUAAAUAAAUUAGAAGGGAUAUGUGUAACAGUGGCAUAAACCCUUAACUGCACACUGGAUGAAUCUAUCCAGUGAAUCUGGUUGGUAAACUUUUGAUUCAAUUUUGCAUACGAAAGUAUUAUAAUUAUUUUAGUGAGUUUACAUACUCUUAUUAAGAUUGAUUAAUCAAAUGUUAGUAGGUAGGUGAUUAUUCACUAUAACGUAUAAAAUAAAUUGUU